AUGCCCGUGCAAGCCCGGCUUGGUAUUGCAUAUACGGCUAUCACCGAAUCAACAAGUGGUAUAGCCUUCUUUGGAACCCCUCACCAAGGAUCUCCUUUGGCAUCUAUAGGAGAUGUAGUCGCCAAAGUCGUGAAAGCCGUCCAAAGAAACCCGAAAAAUACCUUUAUGAAUACUCUAAAACCCGAUGGUCUAUAUGCCAGGGAAAUCUCGUCAAACUUUCAGCAGUUGCUCGAAAACUACCGGUAUCUGAACUUCUGCGAGACUUUACCAUUGAAGAGUUUUGGACCGGCGUGUUUGCUACCUCGUGCUAUGGACCUCUAUCAUUUGGAACUCUGCUCAUUAUCGCUUUGGACGCUGAUCAUGGACCCAUUUGCGGAUUUGCGAGUGAAGAGGACGAAGCUUAUAAACGUGUCUCCUCGCUGA